AUGAGGGAGGAGCCCAUCACACUAGAUGAAGCAGAGCCAGUCAUAAAAAGCUUAUCAUUUCUGAUUUUCAAGGCACAAGAUGCCCAUUAUGAUAUAGCAACCACAAUCAUGACAAUGAAAUCCCACAUUCAAGCCCUUGAACAGCGUGCGAGUACAGCAACUGUCCAAAGUACUGUAUUUGGACAAUUGGCUGCAGAAGCACUACCCAAGAAUCUACACUGCAUAACCAUUAAACUAAUGGUUUAUUGGCUAAAGAAGAAGUCAAUACAAGAGCUUGCAGAUGAGCAGAGGACCUCACCCCGAUUAGUAGAUAACAAUCUCUACCACUUUUGCAUAUUUUCAGAUAAUCUGCUGGCUGUUUCCGUUGUUGUCAAUUCGACUAUCUCAAAUGCUGAGCAUCCAAAGCAGCUUGUUUUCCACAUUGUUACAAAUGGUGUGAACUAUGGGGCAAUGCAGGCUUGGUUUCUUAGUAAUGACUUCAAAGGGUCUAUGAUAGAAGUGCAGAACAUUGAGAACUUUGGUUGGUUAAAUGCUUCUUACUGUCCUGUUGUUAGACAGCUAGUAGAAGCAAAUUCAUGGGCCCACUGCUUUGAAGGUUCACAGGAUGUGAAUAUUGAUCCAAAGUUUCGGAAUCCAAAGUAUUUGUCUUUGUUGAAUCACCUUCGCUUUUACAUCCCAGAGAUCUAUCCUCAAUUGGAAAAGGUGGUUUUUCUCGAGGACGAUGUUGUUGUCCAGAAGGAUCUGAUCCAUCUGUUUUCAGUGGAUUUGCAUGGAAAUGUAAAUGGAGCAGUGGAAACCUGCCUUGAAGCAUUUCAUCGUUAUUACAAGUAUCUUAAUUUCUCAAAUCCAAUCAUUAGCUCCAAGUUUGAUCCUCAGACUUGUGGGUGGGCAUUUGGUAUGAAUGUUUUUGAUUUGAUUGCAUGGAGAAAAGCAAAUGUGACUGCAAAGUAUCAUUACUGGCAGGAGCAGAAUACUGAUCGGACACUCUGGAAGCUGGGCACCCUUCCUCUGGGCUUAUUAGCUUUUUAUGGAUUGACAGAGCCACUCGAUAGGAGAUGGCAUGUCUUGGGAUUGGGUUACAACCUGAAUAUUGACAACCGCCUGAUAGAGAGCGCAGCUGUAAUUCACUUCAAUGGGAACAUGAAACCAUGGCUGAAGUUGGGAAUUGGCAGGUAUAGGCCUCUAUGGGAACGGUAUGUGAAUCAGACUCACCCAUAUCUCCAAGGUUGUGUAACAAGUUGA